AUGGCCUUCAUGAUGAAGAAAAAAAAGUACAAAUUUUCGGUAGAACUUGUCCUUGAAGAACUUACCGCGGUGCCUUUUGUAAACGCAGUAUUGUUUGCAAAGAUGCGGUUAACGGACAGUGGAUCCUUUGUAGAUCACUCCACCAGGGAAGAAGUUCAAGAUCAUACGGUACGAUGGAAUGCUAAAUUUGAAUUUUUAUGCAAAAUGAGCGCCAGCGCAUCCACUGGAGUUCUUGAUCCUUGCAUACUCAGGAUAUCUAUCAGAAAAGAACUUAAAGGAGGACGAUCAUUCCAAAAAUUAGGAUUCACUGAUUUAAAUCUUGCGGAAUUUGCUGGAGCUGGACUGUGUCGACGUAGGUGUUUACUCGAGGGUUAUGAUACGCGACAUCGUCAAGAUAAUUCGAUGCUGAGAGUCGCUAUUAAAAUGAACAUGCUCUCAGGAGACAUUCUGUUCAAAGUACCUUCACCGUCGCCAAAACAAACUCAGCUUGCAGUCCCGGGGGCUCCUGGUGUCCCGAGUAUUGCCGAUGAAGUUAUUGUAAGCGAUAGAUGUAAUCGUGAGGACUAUGUAUCGAGUGGUUCUCUUGCUGGGAGCACGGCAAGCGCCAGCAGUGGGUUUGGUAGUCUUCCUAAAAAGAGGCCCGCACUCUUUUCUUCAGAAUUGCUCAGUGGUACGGAAUCUUAUGAUCCGAUGACGCUCAAUGAAGUGGUACCUUCGGCAUUGCCUCCAGAAGUAUUGACUGAAGUUCACACAGAGUCGGGGCACUCGAGAAAUUCAAGCAACACAAGUCAACUGAGCAAAGGCUCGGGAUAUGAAUCAUCGACCCCAAAACGUUUCUGGACUCCGUCUUCAUCAAUACCCGUCGAGUCGAUUAGAUCCCUGAGUAGUACAGUUGGCUCGGUAAAUGUCAACGGUACUUAUCAUCAUCAUCAUCACCAUCAUCAUCAUUCUAAUAGAGAUAGUUUCACAACAGCGGGUGGAGGAUUUAAAAGACCUCUUCCGCGAAUCGGACAGUCGACCUGGCGCAAUAUCUCUAAAACUUGUGAUUGCGUCGAGAACCAGCCAAGUUCAACGGUAUUGCGACUGGCCGACCAAGCCCGAGCUGUCUCUUCCCCAGAUCCUCUUCAUCGGCCCGAAACUCCCCGCACCUCCUCGUUUAUCUCCGUUGCUGCUCAAACCCUCAGAGGCAUCGGAGGCGGGCACAGAAAAUUACUGGACGGUACGGGAGUUAAAUUAGCAACAGUUACUACAAGUCCAGACUCUGAUGAAUCAAUGCUAAGUGUCCCGUCAGAUAUAUCAUCUGCUACUUUACAGCAUCGUAACAGCAUUACCCCACCAAAUCCAUCUGGUGGAUCAGGAUUGAGCGAAACUGGAUCGCUGGAUCGAGCAAAAGCUGCUUUAGAGCGCAGAAAAAAGGCUGAGGACUCUGGUAAUUCAGUCGCGUGUAGAGUUGAAGUGACACGUCCUAAUCCGGACUCGUUGAUUGACGAAUUGCUCAAGGCAACUAAUUUAGAGCAGACUGAUCUUGAAAGUGCUGAAACGUCUGGACUGCAAUUAUUUAUUGGAAAAGACGGAUCAACAGCGCUGGGUAGUCAUGAAGUUAAAAGCCAAAUGCCGGCAGAGACAGCGGACUUUGAUAAAUAUUUUCCAGCUUACGCGGUCGCUAAAUACUCUCAGGGUUUAAAAAACUCGAGUUGUAAGAGUCAAUUGGAGGAAUUUAAAGUUGGAGUGGAUGCCAAGGUGCUUUGGAGUCUUAAAGAUGCUAGCGGUGAACCAAAACCUGGAUUUUUUUAUGGUAAUAAUUAUUGGCUUGGUUUACGAAGUCAGUGUUUUGAUUUGGAAAUUAAAGAGCCUCUGGAGUUGGACCAAGAAUAUUUAAAAAAUAAUUCAAGGUACCGGAAAAAAAGUCUCGAGUUUCCACCCUUUCCGUUGAAUUAUUUUAUUGUUAAAUUUAAUCACAACAGCACCAAUCAGUAUCACUUUAGGAUUAAAAAUGAGGACAUAAUAACAUUGGGAUUAUGUUUGCCUGGAUCUUGUCUACCAGAAGAAUUGACCGAAAUAAUUAAACAGAUCUUUGAUAAAAGAAUCCUUGCAAUUAGUAAUUUGUAUUCCGCAGACUUUACCCUUUUGGAAAUUUACGAUCUUAAAGACAAUCAUCAGUGGCUUAUCAAUUGGCGGAUAAUCACUACAUGCUGUAUCCUGAUUGUAACGGUGAUAAUGGCAAUAAUUGGAACGACUUGUGAUAUAAUUAUUAAUCAGCGACGUCAAAAAUCAAAGGAAAAGGAAAAUGUUUUUAAGAAAAUAUUAAUUUGUUUUUCCAUCUAUAGAAAUUCUAAAAUAAUAUUCAAUACUAAAAUAAAUAAAGAUUCUGUUGCGUCAAUUCACGGACUACGUUUCUUCGGAAUGCUAUGGAUCAUGAUGAUCCACACGGUUUACUACUCAAAUGAUUACGUUGACAAUAGAACAACAGUCUGGCGAUUAUCUCAAGACUUACCCGCUCAAAUUCUCACCAACGGGAGUCUAUCUGUUGACACUUAUUUCUGUCUCAGUGGAUUCUUGGUCAGUUGGCUCUAUUUUAGACACAAAACCCGUGAAAAUCCAGCCAGAGAGCGCAAAUUCCAGUGGUUAGAUUAUUUUGGACUAAUUUCUAAACGUGUCAUAAGACUUACUCCGGCGUAUUUAUUAAUUAUCGGAAUUGCUGAAAUAAAUUUUGGAUGGUACGCUGAAACAUCAGCUUUUAGAAUAGCUGAAAAACCUCAAGAAAAUUGUCCCCUGUAUUGGUGGAGAAAUUUAUUGUACAUAAACAAUUUAUUUCCUUGGAAUCAAGCAUGCUUGUCUUGGAGCUGGUAUUUAUCCAACGAGAUGCAAUUUUAUAUUAUUGGAACUUUUUUACUUAUUUUAUCAGACUUAUACUUUAAAAUAGCUGCUGGAGCUUUGAUUAGUUUUUUAAUUAUUUCAAUGGUAAUCAAUGGUAUAAUUUCUUCAGCAUACGCGUAUACGACCAUGUUAGAUCAAUUAUGGAAUCUAAUGGAUGUUGUAUAUUCACCUCCUUGGAUGAGAAUUGGUCCUUAUUUAAUAGGAAUUAUUGCUGGAUAUAUUUUAACAAGGCUCAAGGGUAAAUUAAUUCUCAAACGAAAAAUAUUGUGGUUAUUUUGGAUAAUAGGCAGCAUUUGUAAUAUUUUAACACUCUUUGGACUUUACGGGCGUCAUCUUUCAAUAGCCACCACUGCAGUUUAUGUUGCACAUCGAGCUGAAGUAGAAUUAGAAGCUAAACGACGAAAGCAGCAGCUUAUUGCCGGUUUUACUAAAAAUAAAUUAAAACGCGAGGAGGCAUUUUCUCGUUUAAAUCAUGCUAAAAUAAAUGAACAAUGGAGAUUUAAAUUACGGCAAUUUAAAACCCGGGAAUUGUACAAUCACGUUGAGUAUCUAUGGAAUUAUUUUGAUGAAACAUUUAAUAAAAAAAAUUCAAUAAUUGAUAGACUUUAUCAUGAAUUGGAAAAUUCAGAUGUUAAUCAUCGUCGUCUUCAACAAGUACAUAUUCUAAUGAUUGAUAAAUUGAUUGAUAGUCAUAGAAAAAGACUUGAGGGAUUACAUGAUAAUUAUAUUAAAUAUCUAAUGUUGAUAAAAAUUGGAGAGUUUAAUGAAAUGGGCGAGGCUAAACGAGAAUUAAUUGAUAGUUGUAAACAUUUAGAAACUGUUAUUUAUAAUGAAAAUUAUUUAAUAAAUGAUAAAUUAGUGAAAACUAUGACAAGAAAUGCUAUCAAUACCUACAAUAUAGAAUUCACAAAAAUUAAAGAUAUUGAUAAAAUUCGAAAAACAACAGGAGAUAAUAUUUUUAAAUUAUGGUUUAAAUUAAAACAAACAAUUGCCAAUUAUCAAAAUAAAACUAAAAAUCUAAGACAACAGUAUGAAAAUUUAAAAAAAUUUGAUGAAAAUCAUAAAAAUGAAACAAUUAAUUUUCCACAACUUGAACAUUUUUUGACAUCAACAAUAGACAUUUUAAAAAAUCAAGAAAAUUUAUUGACAGAGACGCGAAAUAAAGCUAUUAAAGAUUUAGAGGUAAAAAUUGAGAUUUUUAAUAGACGUGUUCUUAAGCUGCGAGAUAAAUCAAGUUUUGAUAAAAUUACCGAUAACAUACAAUUAAAAAGAUUAAGCGUUGUAAGUGGAAAAGUAAUUGAUGAUUUGAAAAAAAUUGAGGAUAAAAGCCAUACUGUAACCCUACUAAUUAAUUUGUGUUCAAAUAUCGAGCCCUUUUUAAUAGGCAAGUGUACACAACUUAUUAAUCAAAAAGAAACUGAUGAUGACAAUGAUAAAGAGUUUAAUUUAGUGACUAAAGACCAGUCAAUAAUUGCUCCUUACAAUCUUCUAGAUAACUUUUGGAAAGCAUUUAAUUAUGUUAAAGCGGAAAAUUAUAUUCGGAAAAAACAAUUAAGUAAAGCGAUUGCUGAAAAUAAUAAAUUAAAACGUUAUAUCAAAUCGUACUUUGGGGCUGUAACUCGAGCAACUGCUAAAUUAAUUGAUUGA